AGGGUUCACCCUCUAUCAGGAAGGACAGGACAGUGCAAGUAGGAACCACAGUCAUCAAAAUCAAAUACUUUAAAAUACAAUUGCCCAGAAAAUUAGGAAUGGUUAUUUAUUGAUACUAAAUUGCCUAACGUCGUCAUUGCAAGAUUAUCUUAAAAUACUUCAGAAGUAUUGUAGCCCAAGAAAAUCAAUCAUUUGACCACAUGCUAGGAUGGAUGAGGUCCCUGAAUCCUGAAAUUGAUGGUGUAACUGGAACUGAAUGGAACCCUUUAUCAACCUCUGAUCCUGAUUCAAACAGCAUCUAUUUUGGCGAUCAAUCUGAAGAUGUUGUGCCAGAUCCUGCCCAUUCAUUUGACGCAAUAUUAUUGGAGCAAGUUUUUGGUGUACCAUGGACUAGUGAUCAGUUCUCGUCAUCAUCAGCUUCCCAAGAUCUUUCUCCAACACUGGAUGGCUUCACACAGAAUGCGGAAAGGUUUCAGGAUUGGAUAGUUGUGAAGAUAAUGAAUGGAUUCAAACCAAUGUCGUCAUUGCCAGAAAUAGUAAUGCAUGGACACAGACCAGAGUCAUUGCCAGUUUACAAGGAGCUGAUUUCAGAAUUUGCAGUUUAUGACAGACGGUUUUCAUCAAUUCCUGGUUUGACACAGCCAAAUACGCUGUUUAUCAGCUCCGCUACAUCUUAUGGUGCCAUAGAUUUCUUUCACAACUCUGGACUGAAAUUUUGUUAAUUAUCAUCUACGACGAACAUGGUGGAUUUUAUGAUCAUGUUCCAACUCCUCUCACCGGGAUUCCAAGCCCAGAUAACAAAGUAGCUCCUGCACCCCAUAAUUUCAGGUUUGAUCGCUUCGGUGUUAGCGGUUCCGGCAAUUCUGAUUUCUCCCUGGAUUGAACGCGGAACUGGUGUGUGAAGCAUUAUAUUUUGGCUAAUGUUUUGGUGUUUAGACAAUAGCUAAUUGGUACCUAAAUUUCUUCUAGGUCAAGUUAUUAACUAGGAUUUUGGAUACAAUUGGCAAAGCAGUGUCACACGGGCCUUCAGGGCCAUAUCCUACAUCAGAAUUUGAACAUUCAUCAAUGCCAGAAACUCUUAAGAAGAUUUUCCAUUGAAAGGAGUUCUUGACGAAUAUUGAUGCACGGGCAGGCACCUUCGAAUGUGUUCUGAAUAGGAAUAGCCCCGGAACUGAUUGUCCAGAAAAUGGAGCAGAAAAAUGCUAAGAAGGGGACAUUCUUGAGAAGAUUUCUCCACACGAGAAAGCUUCUAAAAGCUUUCCACAAUCAGCCCAAAUUGUGCAAACCAACGGAAUUGCUGAUGAAGAAUUGAAUUGAUAUGAUGAAAUCCACUAGCAAUAAGAAAUCAAAGCGGGGACCACGUAGAAAGUUGAGGAAUUGCUUUAGACAUUUGGUUCCUCUUUUGGGAGAUGUAAUUGAUUAGCUAUGGCUGGCAUUUGAUCAGGAGAUUACUUUUCCAAUUGCUCCCUACGUAGCUAGUCCCUUAAGAGACUAGUGCUCCAAUAAAAUAAGAAGGCACUAGAUUAGUGGGCUCAAGGAGAAAAGACUAUGAAAAAGCUAUGAAGACUAAAGGCUUGCCUUAUAUAUAUCGGACGAUGGCAGAAGACAUUAGACUAGUUUUUAGUUUUCUCUC